AUGAUUUCCGGCAUGGUGACAUUUCCGAUAUCGUUGGUGGUAUUAUUAUUGGUGUCGGCAUGCGAAGCUAUACCCGCAAUCAAGUCGGAUGUGAAUCAAAAUGAAAGACACAAUAUUGCAAAAAGAUCAACUUAUGCUGAUUAUUAUGAAGCGGUAAUCCCUGACAUACUGAUUGAUGAUUGGACCGGAAGUGUAUACAAAGUCAAAUUCACACUAGAUGCGCAGAGCAUUUUAUACAAGGUUAAAAUGAAGCGCAACAGAGAUCUGAUCCGACCUGGUGCUGAAAUUCUUCGCAAGCAAGCCACCCAAGACACCACAGAGUAUCUGCCUUAUAACAACCAUAUGCAUUUCACGGGCACCGUGGAAAAGAAGGAUACCAAUGGCACGCUUAUUGCCACCGGACAAGCCGCAUUCCUUCAAAAGAACGGCUUUUACGGCUCUAUGUUUGUUGAUGGUGAGGAAAUAAAAGUGGAACCAACAAUUCGAAGUAACACAAGUACCCUUAACGACGAGCAUAUCGUGUUUCCCGCUGUUGAAGUUGAAGAUGACCUUUCACACGACAUGGUGGCCAUAGAAGCUGUGGAUACCGUGAGCCAAGCACGAAAGAAGAGAACCCCACCCGAUACACAGUAUGUUGAACUACUGGCAACCAUCGAUUAUGACGUAUGGUCUGAAUUUGGAGAUGCUGCCAUUGACCAUGUCCUGAUGCGAAUUAAUAUGGCACAGGCAUUGUUCCAACAUUCUAGCUUAGUGUCAAAUGGUUUCAAUAUAUAUUUUAUUGUGGUGAAAAUUGUUACCAUAGAGAAUAACCAAAUAAUGGUGAGUAUAAACACUGUUUUUUGGGGAAUUAAUAUUUCCGAAACGGGGCGAGAAUAUUAUAUUGCUUUCAUUACCUAUAAUGAGUCGUGUUCAUUUCUGUACUUUUACUAA